ACAGUCAGAAUGAUGAGAAGAUAGACCACUGCCGCAGAGCUUCAUCCCCCUGUCGACCGUGGACUCUCCGUCUCUCCCUCUCUCAUGUGCCAAAAGCUCCCACUUCACCGUCUUCGACUCUGCUCACUGACCACCAUCUGACAAACUCCGAAAAUGCCAGUCCCAAGACCACUCCUCACAGCUCCGUUUUCUUCUCUUUCUUCUCCCUCUGAUGCCAUCUUGGCCGAUAAAGCCAUCACUCUCCUCAAACGUCACCCGUACCACCUCCGCUCUCUGUCUUCCCAUUUUACCCCCCAAGCCGCCUCGUUUUUACUCCUCAACUCCCAGUUCGACCGAACCCUAACCCUACGCUUCCUCAACUGGGCUCGUGCCUGUCCUUUCUUCGAUUUCCAAUGCAAAUGCCUCGCCCUUCACGUUCUCACCAGGUUCAAGCUCUACAAAACUGCACAAAGUAUAGCCGAAGACCUCGCAGUCACCCCGAAUGAUGCAACGGGCUCUUCAGUUUUUGAGUGCUUGAAAGAUUCUUAUCAUGCGUGCAAUUCGAGCUCUGCGGUCUUCGAUCUCGUGGUAAAGUCGUUUUCUCGCUUGAACAUGAUUGAUAAAGCUGUGAAUAUUAUUAAUUUAGCGAAAUUUAACGGAUUUAUGCCUAGUGUUUUGUCUUAUAAUUCGGUUCUUGAAGCAAUAAUUAGGUCUCGUGGUUCGGCGGAGUUGGGAGAGGAGUUGUAUAUGGAAAUGAUUAAGAGUGGGAUUUCUCCGAAUGUGUUUUCCUAUAAUAUCUUGAUUAGGGGUUUUUGCGGUGAGAAAAAAUUAGAUAAAGGUUUAGCUGUUAUGGGUGAAAUGGAGAAAGGUGGAUGUUUGCCGAAUGUGGUGACUUUCAAUACCUUAAUUGAUGCCUACUGCAAGUUAGGUAAGAUCAAUGACGCAUUUGGGAUUUUAAAAUCAAUGUCACUGAGGGGUAUGGAGCCAAAUUUGAUAACAUAUAAUGUGAUCAUAAAUGGGUUGUGCCGGGAAGGGAGGAUGGAGGAGACAAGUAAGGUUCUUGAGGAGAUGAAUCAGAAAGGUUUCGUCCCAGAUGAGGUGACUUUCAAUACGCUUGUGAAUGGUUAUUGCAAGGAAGCUAAUUUUCACCAAGCGCUUGUUUUGUAUUCAGAGAUGGUUAGGAAUGGGGUAUCUCCUAAUGUUGUUACAUAUACUGCAUUGAUUAAUAGCAUGUGUAAAGCUAGGAACUUAAAUCGAGCAAUGGAGUUUGUGGAUCAGAUGCGCAUUAGAGGACUUUCUCCAAAUGAGAGAACAUACACCACAUUGAUUGAUGGUUUCUGUCAACAGGGAUUUUUGAAUGAAGCCUAUCGGUUUUUGGAUGAAAUGAUUGAGAAUGAAUACUCACCUUCGAUAGUGACUUAUAAUGCCCUUAUUAAUGGACAUUGUGUUCUGGGAAGAGUUGAAGGGGCCCAGGGAGUGAUUCAGGAUAUGGUGGAGAAAGGGAUUAUGCCAGAUGUAGUGAGUUACAGCACAAUUAUUAGUGGGUUUUGUAGAAACGGAGAUGUGGAGAAGGCAUUUCAGAUAAAGCAGGAGAUGGUUGAUAAGGGCAUUUCUCCAGAUGUCGUGACAUAUUCAUCACUCGUUCAAGGUUUAUGUGAGCAGAGGAGACUCACUGAUGCCUUUGGUUUUUUUCAAGAGAUGCUAAGUAUAGGUUUGCCUCCAGAUGAAUUUACAUACACAAGCCUGAUAAAUGCGUACUGUGCAAGUGGUGAUAUAAAAAAGGCUCUUCUUCUGCAUGAUGAAAUGAUACAAAAGGGUUUUCUUCCUGAUGUUGUUACCUACAGCGUGCUCAUUAAUGGGCUGAAUAGACAGGCUCGUACAAGGGAAGCCAAACAAAUUCUGUUCAGGUUGUUUUAUGAAGAAUCGGUCCCAAAUGAUGUAACAUAUAAUACACUGAUAGAAAAUUGCAGCAAAAUUGAAUAUAAUAGUGUAGUUGCACUUCUUAAGGGAUUCUGUAUGAAGGGUUUGAUGAACGAAGCAGAUCGAGUUUUUGAAUCAAUGCUUCAGAAAAAAUACAAGCCUAGUGAAGCUGCUUAUAAUGUAAUUAUACAUGGUCAUUCUAGAGUUGGAAACAUUUGGAAGGCUUAUAAUCUCUACAAAGAAAUGGUACGUUCUGAUCUUGUUCCACAUGCUGUAACUGUUAUCGCUUUAGUUAAAGCACUAUUUAAAGAGGGAAUGAGCAAGGAAUUCAGUCAAGUUGUACAGAAUGUAUUGAGAAGUUGCCAGCUCACUGAUGCUGAGCUUGCCAAAGUCCUUGUCCAGAUUAACCACAGAGAGGGGAACAUGGAUGCUGUUUUUAGUGUGCUUGCUGAAAUGGCUAGAGAUGGUUUCCUUCCAGGUAGGGGUAAAAUAUCCAGUGCUGGGGUAUAGAUCUGCAUUGAAUUACUCCUUGUUAGCCAUUUUGGAUCACAAAGCAUGCUUUUUGUGUACAUUUCGUAAGAGGGAAUAUGGUGAAGCACACAAUUUCUUGCUCAAAUGACCAAGAUGGAUUCCUUCUAAAUGGUGUGAAAAUGCACAGGGACAAAUUUAUCACUCAUUCUGUGCCAUAAGGUAUCACCGAGCAUGUUCUUUGUACAACAGCUGGUAGAAGGGACAAAAGGAAAAAAGUGAACUGAAGUCCACAUUUCCUUGCUAAAAUGGGCUCAGGAUGGUUCCUUCUAUAGCUGCCUUUUCCGUGGGUUUAAUUGAGCAUGUUUUUCAUGUGCAAUAAUUGAUAGAAAAAACUCAGAAGAUACCCCUCAUUCAGAGGUCCUAAAGUAGCCUAGGAUGGCUUUUUUAUUUUCCCUUAAAAUGCAGCAGAACCAUCUAUGCUGGUGGGUAAACUUUGGAUGACUCCUGUUAUUGCAGCGUUGUAUGCAGUCGAGCAUCCAUAGGCACAUUCUUCAUGUACAAAAAAAAUAGUUGAUUUGUGUACAAGAAAUGAUAUAAAAGAGGUGUUAAUUUUGCUGA